AUGUAUGAUGAUCAAACAAACUGUCUUGAAUUAACUGUGUAUGACCAUGAUGUGGCGGGGAAGGAUGACUUCAUGGGAAGAACAACGAUUGACCUGUCCAAUAUCAAGCACGAGAAAACACAUACUCUAGAGCAAAUUCUAGAAGAUGGUGCAGGCACCAUUACUCUUUUACUAACCAUCAGUGGUACGUCUGGCAGUGAGACAAUUACUGAUCUUACCAACUUUACACCAAAUCCUCGGGAGAGAGAUGAAAUUGUGUGCAGCUAUGGUUUAUUAAAGUCUUUCCACAAUCUCAAGGAUGUUGGCUGGCUCCAAGUAAAAGUUUACAAAGCACAAGGUUUACAGGCAGCAGAUAUUGGUGGCAAAAGCGACCCAUUUUGUGUUGUGGAAUUGGUCAAUGCCCGUUUACAAACACAGACCGAAUAUAAGAACUUGAAUCCACAAUGGAACAAAAUCUUCACUUUCAAUGUCAAGGAUAUUCAUUCUGUACUGGAAGUGACUGUGUUUGAUGAAGACAGGGAUAAAAAAGUGGAGUUUUUAGGAAAAGUCUGCAUACCAUUACUGAAGAUAAAACCAGGAGAACGAAAAUGGUACGCCCUGAAAGACAAGAAACUUAUGCGGAAGACCAAAGGUUCCAUAUUACUCGAGAUGGAUCUCAUCUUUAAUCAUAUCAAAGCUGGAAUACGAACUAUAAACCCAAAAGAAGAUAAAUUUAUGCAGCCUGAACAAAAAUUCAAAAUAUCAAUAAUGAAAAGAAAUAUUAACAGAGUUUCUCAGAUCGUCUCUUCAUUUGUGGAUACUGGAAAAUUUAUACAAAGUUGUUUUGAUCAUGAAUCAAAACCGCGAAGCAUCACUGCCUUUAUUGUGUAUAUCAUGGUUGUAUGGAAUUUUGAGUUAUAUAUGCUUCCUGUCACCUUACUUCUCAUUUUAUGA